CCACCAUGCAUCUGAUACACAUCGUCUUUUUAUUGCUAUCUUGGCCACCGCUCAUACUCGCCCAGGGUCCCCUGCUGCCCUUCGAGGCCGAAGGCUUUCUCGACGCAUUCGUUGCCUUCUUCAGGUCGAAGGGCUUCAAGGAUGGUGUCAGUAUCGUCGAGAGCCUGCCGAGUAAAUAUAUCGCAGAUUUCGCAAGUCUGUUCAACGGCAGCAUGACGUUCCUGUUUCCUGCGUUCGUACCCAAUGCCACCCUCAACAACCUUCUCAAUGACACGGAGAAGAUAUUCGAUGUAUUGGCUUACCACGUUGUCGAUACACCCCUGGGCAAUGCCAAUAUCCCUGUUUACCCCAACCAUACCGUGCUCCCAAGUGCGCUAAAUGAUACGGCCUCCGUGCUGCUACGUACGGGAGAAAGUCAGUCAAUGGUCUUAACCAGACUCACUGAUGGCAUCAUACAUGUCCUGGAGCAAGGCGUCACGGACAUCAAUAUCACAUCUCUCGACUCCUUCACCAUCCCCGGAUUAAACAUCAGCUACGGAUACGCUGUCGUUAGCGAAUUGCUAACCGCGCCGGGAACCUUGAAUGAUACACUGCAAGCACUAAACAUCACUGCUUUCGCCAGCAAUACCCACAUCGCGAAUGCCAUUGAAGAAACUAGCACGGAACCUGGCAUCACGCUAUUUGUCCCCGAAGACGCCGGGCUUGUCUCAGAAAUUGCUUCCUGGGCACAUCUCAGCACCGACAGUCUGGACGACAUCGUCAACAAUCAUGUGAUUAACGGAACAUAUUAUUUCAAGUCCCUCGUCGGGACACUGCGUAAUGCAGCUGAUCAAGAGCUGUCCUUCGAUGGGACUACUGUUACCUUGAAGGGGGGGAAUACUGCCAACAUCACCAAGUCCGACGUCUUGACUCAGAACGGGGUGGUCCACGUCAUUGAUAAGGCCCUACUUACCAGCCCUCUGAAAUCUCCGGCGUCGACAUCGGGUGAUGUGACAAUUCUUUGCCCAACGUGGGCCAGCCUGCUAGCUGUGGUAGUCGCUGGUCUGUUCUACGCCCUGUAGGCCAGGGCGGCGUUCGGAGUGAUUUCCAAUCACACCAAACCUUUCAUCUACUUCUGGUUUAUUGGAGUACGUCCCGCGGGUUUUCAUUGGAAUACGUUUCGCAGGGUGUUUGGGCUGUCGUUCUGGCUGUACUUUCGGCACUAUCUGGCAGGGUCACCGAUCGAUCUGUAGCUGGAAGAUGCUUGUACUAAUGGAGCACGUUUCGCGCA